AUGUCUGAAAUCGAAUUCAUAAAACCAAAUGUAGUCGACAGUGAUGAUGACGAUGAUACAGUUUGCUUGGGCGAAUCUUUCUUCAUAGAUGACAACUAUGAGCUCACUACGUUUACAUUUGGGCCUCAUGUCCUUCAACUUCUUUGUCUCCAAUCAUCUUCGACUGAUUUCGAUUUAACUGGACAGUUGGUAUGGCCUGGUGCAAGGCUGUUGAAUGAAUACCUUUCAAAUAACGUUGAGCUACUACAAGGAUGUUCUGCUGUAGAAUUAGGAUCUGGUGUAGGUGUUACAGGCAUACUUUGCAGCAGAUUUUGUCAUGAAGUCGUGCUUACAGAUCAUAAUGAUGAAGUGCUCAAGAUCUUGAAGAAAAACAUAGAUCUUCAUGAAUCUUCUGACAACCCUAAUUCAUGUUCUGCUUUAAGUGCAGAGAAACUAGAAUGGGGAAACACUGAUCAACUUAACCAAAUAUUACAAAAGCAUCCGAAAGGAUUCGAUCUUAUUCUUGGAGCUGACAUCUAUAUCCUAUCAUUUCUACCAUUUCUUUCAAUUCUUUUUUAUAAACAAAUCGAUGAAAUUGCAUUGCUAUUUCUUGACAAUUGGUUCAUAUUGGCCUAUGUCUCCCGUUCUAAAAUGAUGGAUGCAAUGGUACCAAAAGAAGCGGUUAAUCACGGGCUAAAGAUCCAUGAAGUUGAUGGGACCCGAUCAGUGAUUGGAAAUCAUGAGGGGGUUAUAUAUGAAAUAACCCUUUAG